AUGUCAUCCAUCCUCGGCUCAAUCAAAGACCUCAUCACCUCGGUCUUCGAGGUGAUCUUCUCCGUCUUCCACGGCGCCUUCGAUCUAGUUUCCAACUUCGUCGCCGGCCUGUUCCAGACUAUCAUCGGCUUCUUCCACAUGGCUCUCUCGACCGUAGGAAAUGUCUUUGAAACCGCGGGCGACGUGGGUAAAUUCGUUGCAAGCAACGUCGUGGUGAUUGCGCUCAUAGCCGCUGGCGUCUUCGGGUACCUGCAAUAUCAGGCACGUCAGGGCCGUCCCGUCAAAGUCGGGGACAAAAAGUUGAACUAG